UCCGCCUCCUUCAGCUGUCUGGCAAGGCGAACGGCGAGGACCAAAGUAGAAAUAUUGCCACACCCACCCCAUCGGAAACAGGUAGUUCUAGCUGACGUACUGACAGACUGACUAACUCUAAAUACGGGAAUUAAUUUGCUUUCAUCAUGGCAAACCGACCUAAAGGAUUUGGCAUGACAGCAGAAUUAGCGAACAAGAAGGCAGCCAAGUUUGAUGCGGAUUUAGCAGACGAGACGCUGCAAUGGAUAGUUAGCAUACUAAACACAGGAUCAUCUGAGGACCAACAGCUGGCAUCUCAAAUUGUAAAGGUCAAAACCGAGAAAGAUGUCCACACACCUCUUAAAGAUGGCGUCAUCCUCUGCCAUGUGGUCAACAUCAUCAAACCGGGGUCGGUGAGAAAAGUCAAUAGCUCUAAGAUGGCUUUCAAACAGAUGGAAAAUAUCGCGAACUUUCUGACAGGAUGUGAAGGUCUUAAAAUGAACAAAACUGAUCUAUUUCAAACUGUCGACUUAUACGAGAGUGGCAACAUCCCGCAGGUUGUCUUUUCCAUUAUCGCGCUUGGCAGAAAAGCGAAGGCAAUGGGACUGCAAGGGCUUGGUCCCAAAGAAUCGACAGCAAACAAACGAGAGUUCACGGACGAGCAGCUACGAGCUGGUGAAGGUGUGAUAGGGCUACAGGCUGGCUCAAACAAAGGAGCUUCACAGGCUGGUCAGAGUUUCGGAAAGUCUAGAAUGAUCCUUGAUUAGAUUAUAUGACCUUUCUAGCUGUAUCAUUCAAUAGGAAGUACACUUCAUGAGAAGAUGAAGCGAUAAUUAUACUUCCUAUAUCGCAUUGUAACCCACAUAUCACCAAAUACAAUUUAAAGCGUAUUCGUACCAGACUACCAGUUGAUGGAAUAUAUUGUGCCUAAAUUGACAUAUCCAGAAAAGACGACAGAAUUGAACCCCUCUCCCCGAAAAAACCUUGCACUAAUUAUAACGAACUAGAUGCAUCUUAGGGAGAAGUUUUUGCAUUAGUGUGUCCUAUCACUGACAAGGAGGAUCAAAUCAGACAACACUGUAUAACUUUCGUGGAUCCGUGUAGCAGCACGAAUCUCAUAUUUCUAUACGGAGUACUUUUUAAACAUACACAUACAAAUAGAAGAAAGUCUUGUAAUACCAAAAGACAAAGUCAUCGUUUCACGAAUCCCAGUAUAAAUACUGGACUUUGAUACCGGGGUGUGCCCCAUGAUAGUGAUUGGAAAGAAUAUUCCUCUUACUGUAGACUGGCGUUUUGUAUUAUUUCUUCAAUUGAUUUGAUCUAUAUAAUCGGCUAAACAUUACAGUUUCAAUAGCUGUUGUGAAUCUAUAUAAGCAACUCAACAGUGUGUAUGAAGCACUACUGCGAAUAUUCACAUAUAAUCUUGUUUUGGCUUAUCGUUAUUAUUGCUAAGCUAUGGAUUACCAGUUGUGGAUUGAACCACGUUAUAUGGUUAUAUGUAGAGGUCAGUUAUAUUUAGAGUUUUUUCCGUUAAUGGUUUGGGGGCUAACAAUUGGACAAAACUGAGUCCGGUUUCCCGAGUAUGACUGAAAUAUGACAAUCAGGUGUGGGGGAGGCUAUUUGUUGCUUAUGUAUGUAAACGUAUGAGGACGUAUGGGCUUGUAAAUUCAUGAAGAAUUUUCCAAAAAUGUUCCAAACACUGAUGGUAAAGGCAAAGCAUGAUGGUGCUUCGGGGUAUGCUUAUGUUAUAGGCUUAUACAACAUUAAUGACAGCAAACUGUGUAGUCGAGCGCAAGCUGAAGUCAAGAAUAUUAUGUAUAAUUUGAUAUUUCUUCAUAUUGAAUAGCGCAAGGAAAUACGAUUCAUUUGGAUAUUGAUAGACCGAUACAUCGGGCACAGGUUGAGGGUUUUAUUUUAUUUCCUUUUUGUUUUGUUAUUGUUUAAUUUUUGUGUGAUUUUUUUUGUGAAGAUCGUCUCUUUCGAACCCCUUGGUAAAUUUAGUAUUCGAAUUGUACCUUCAUAUUUGUAAUCGAUGUACAUGUAAUUCAUAUUCAUGCUAUGUUUCCAAAAUUAUGGGCUGAAAACAGUAGUCAGAUCUACAUGUUCUGUGUCAUACAGUAUAAGCAUUGCAUAUCAUAUGCAGGUACGGCCAUGGUGUGGCGUCAGGUUCGUGUUUUUUAUUAUUAUUUAUUCACUUUUUUAUGGUUUAUAAUAAAAUGUAUCACAUUUUCCAAUUGCUUCAUCAAGUCGUUUUACGUUUAUCGAGAUUUCCUCAUUCUUAGUUUGGUUUUCAAAAGCAAGAUCUUCCUUGAAUUGAUUAAAUUAUUAUAAUAAAUUUGCUUA